UGGCUUGUUGGCAUACCGGCACGCCGCCUCUGCGCCUGGCGGCAGCUCGGAGGAGAGGGGCGGUUGGUGUGGCUUCCAUUGUUCAGGAUCUAGGGCGCCAUGAGGGGCGACAGAGGCCGAGGUCGCGGCGGGCGCUUUGGUUCCCGAGGAGGCCCGGGAGGAGGGUUCAGGCCCUUUGUGCCCCACAUCCCGUUUGAUUUCUACUUGUGUGAAAUGGCCUUCCCUCAGGUUAAGCCAGCACCUGAUGAAUCUUCCUUCAGUGAGGCAUUGCUGAAAAGAAAUCAAGACCUUGCUCCUAAUUCUGCUGAACAGGCCUCUAUCCUUUCUCUGGUGACAAAAAUAAACAAUGUGAUUGACAAUUUGAUUGUGGCUCCAGGGACAUUUGAAGUGCAAACUGAAGAGAUGCGACAGGUUAGAUCAUAUAAAAAGGGAACAAUGACUACAGGACAUAAUGUGGCUGACCUGGUGGUAAUCCUAAAGAUUUUGCCAACGUUGGAAGCUGUUGCUGCCCUAGGGAACAAAGUCGUGGAAAGCCUAAGAGCACAGGAUCCUUCUGAAGUUUUGACCAUGCUGACCAAUGAAACUGGCUUUGAGAUCAGUUCUUCUGAUGCUACAGUGAAGAUUCUCAUUACAACAGUGCCACCCAAUCUCCGAAAACUGGAUCCAGAACUCCAUUUGGACAUCAAGGUGUUGCAGAGUGCCUUAGCAGCCAUCCGACAUGCCCGCUGGUUUGAAGAAAAUGCUUCUCAGUCCACAGUUAAAGUUCUCAUCAGACUUCUGAAGGACCUGAGGAUCCGUUUUCCUGGCUUUGAGCCCCUUACACCCUGGAUCCUUGACCUACUCGGGCACUAUGCCGUGAUGAACAACCCCACCAGACAGCCUUUGGCCCUCAAUGUGGCAUACAGGCGUUGCUUGCAGAUUCUGGCUGCAGGGCUGUUCUUGCCAGGGUCAAUGGGUAUCACAGACCCCUGUGAGAGUGGCAACUUCAGAGUACACACGGUCAUGACUUUGGAACAGCAGGACAUGGUCUGCUACACAGCUCAGACUCUGGUCCGAAUCCUCUCACAUGGUGGCUUUAGGAAGAUCCUUGGCCAGGAGGGUGAUGCCAGCUAUCUUGCUUCUGAAAUAUCUACCUGGGAUGGAGUGAUAGUGACACCUUCAGAAAAGGCUUAUGAGAAGCCACCAGAGAAGAAGGAAGGGGAGGAAGAGGAGGAGAAUACAGAAGAACCACCUCAAGGAGAGGAGGAGGAAAGCAUGGAGACUCAGGAGUGACUCCCUUCUCUCCACUCUUUCUUACCCAAGGGGAAGAUUGGAGCCUGAGCUAGCUGCUACUGGGCUCUAUUUCUGAGGGCUGGGGGAGACAGGAAAGAAAAUAAAAAUAAACCACGGAAGGAAAUGUCAUCCCGCUGAAUUCUUAUGUUGACUUAGUAGCCAGAAGUCUCCCAUCUCUAGUGAAGCAGGUUACCAACUUUUCUUCAUGAUAUUGUAGAGUCUCCAGCUCCUUGAAACCUCUCUCAACCAGUACUUUGUUGUUGAAAUGUCAACUGUUCAUGCCUGGAAAUUUUUUUUUUCUAAGAAAAAUAAAGUACUUCCUACUAGGGCU